GGGGCUAUUCUCUCUCCCAGGAACAUGGCGGCGAGUCAGGGAGGUGGUGGUAACAGUGGGGGCGGCGGUUGUGGUGGAGGUGGAAGCAGCGGUGGCGGUGGCGCGGCCGGCGGGGGAGGUGGCGGAGCAGGAGGGGGAGGCGGCGGCGGCGGCGGGACCCUGGUGGUGCCCAUCCCGGUACCGAGUCUUUUCGGUCAGCCGUUCCCCAACGGGCCGCAGUGGAACCCGGGGAGCCUGCAGCCUCAGCACACCGUGAGGAGCCUGGACCGGGCCCUGGAGGAGGCGGGCAACUCAGGCAUCCUGAGCCUCAGUGGUAGGAAACUCCGAGACUUCCCGGGCAGCGGCUACGACCUGACGGACACCACCCAAGCAGAUCUUUCAAGAAAUCGUUUUACAGAAAUUCCUUCUGAUGUCUGGUUAUUUGCACCUCUUGAAACAUUAAACUUGUAUCAUAAUUGCAUCAAAACCAUUCCUGAAGCCAUUAAAAACCUGCAGAUGUUAACAUACCUUAACAUUAGUCGAAAUCUUUUAUCAACAUUGCCAAAAUACCUAUUUGAUCUUCCCCUUAAAGUUUUGGUCCUCAGUAAUAAUAAACUGGUAUCCAUUCCAGAAGAGAUCGGGAAGUUAAAAGAUUUAAUGGAAUUGGAUAUUAGCUGCAAUGAGAUUCAGGUUCUUCCCCAACAAAUGGGGAAAUUACAUUCACUUAGAGAGCUAAAUAUAAGAAGAAAUAAUCUUCAUGUGUUGCCAGAUGAAUUAGGAGAUCUUCCCUUAGUCAAGCUGGAUUUCUCUUGUAAUAAAGUGACCGAAAUUCCAGUUUGUUACAGGAAGCUGCAUCAUUUACAAGUAAUAAUUUUGGAUAACAAUCCAUUGCAAGUACCACCAGCACAGAUAUGUUUAAAGGGUAAAGUACACAUAUUUAAAUACUUAAAUAUCCAAGCAUGUUGUAGAAUGGAUAAGAAACCAGAUUCUCUGGAUCUUCCAUCGAGUAAAAGAAUGCCCUCCCAGCCUCUCACAGACAGUAUGGAAGAUUUUUAUCCAAAUAAAAAUCAUGGCCCUGACUCUGGAAUUGGAAGUGAUAAUGGAGAGAAACGAUUAUCUACAACGGAACCAUCAGACGACGACACAAUCAGCCUUCAUUCUCAAGUCUCAGAAUCAAAUAGAGAGCAACCAUCAAGAAAUGACAGUCACUCAAUAGGAAUUAAACCUGAUUCUCAGAAAGACCAGGAGGUGUAUGAUUUUAUUGAUCCCAACACAGACGAUGUAGCAGUUCCUGAGCAAGGAGAUGCACAUAUCGGAUCAUUUGUCUCUUUCUUUAAGGGAAAAGAAAAAGGUCCUGAAAAAUCUCAGAAAAAUGAAGAAUUGGGAGAUGAAAAAAGACUUGGAAAAGAACAGUUAUUUGCAGAGGAAGAGGAUGAUGAUUUGAAGGAAGUAACUGAUUUGAGGAAAAUAGCCGCUCAGUUAUUGCAGCAAGAACAGAAGAACAGGAUUCUUAAUCAUUCAACUUCUAUCGCAAGAAACAAGCCAAAACAAACCAUGGAAUGUGAAAAGAGUGUCUCAGCAGAUGAAGUUAAUUCACCGUUAUCACCCCUCACAUGGCAGUCCUUAGAGAAUCAGAAGGAUCAAAUAGAUGAACAACAGUGGCCAGAAUCUCAACCAAUAAUCUGGCAGAGUGAAGAAAGGAGGCGGAGCAAACAGAUUAGAAAAGAAUAUUUCAAGUAUAAAUCAUCAAGGAAGAGUUCAAGUGGCAAUGAAAAUGAUGAGCAAGAAAGUGAUAAUGCUAAUAUGUCACCACAAUCUCCAGUGUCAUCUGAGGAAUAUGAUAGAACUGAUGGUUUUUUACAUGGCCCCUUUGGCUUGAAGCCCAGAUCAGCUUUUAGCCGCUCAUCACGCCAGGAAUAUGGGGCAGCAGAUCCAGGUUUUACAAUGAGAAGAAAGAUGGAACAUCUACGGGAAGAACGAGAGCAAAUACGACAACUUCGCAACAAUCUCGAAUCCAGGUUAAAAGUAAUUUUACCUGAUGACAUUGGAGCUGCACUGAUGGAUGGGGUUGUUCUUUGCCAUUUAGCCAAUCAUAUAAGGCCACGCUCUGUAGCUAGUAUUCAUGUGCCAUCACCAGCAGUGCCUAAACUGAGCAUGGCAAAAUGUCGAAGAAAUGUAGAAAAUUUUCUUGAUGCUUGUAAAAAGUUGGGUGUCUCACAGGAAAGACUUUGUUUGCCUCAUCAUAUUUUGGAAGAAAGAGGUCUUGUGAAAGUUGGUGUCACAGUUCAGGCUCUUCUUGAAUUACCUACAACCAAGGCAUCUCAGCUUUCUACAGCUUGAUAUAACAUUUAAAAAUCAUAAUUGUCUAGUUUCAUUUAUUUGAAGUGAUUUCAAAGAUCUCAAAUGUAUGAAUAAGGAUGUCUGAUCGAAAAUGAUUUUAUUAGAUCAAGCCUUAGGUUUAAGGAAAAUUCUGUUAAAACAUCAAAAUUAAAUUUUGAAUUUCCCAUACUUCUUUUGGGGGAAAACUGGAUCAACCCAAUAAGAGUUUGUGUUAAAUUCAAAUUCUCUUCUUACUAUGUCAGUUGAUAAUCUUGAUUAUUUUUCAACAAUCAGAUUAAUACUAAAUUUAAAACAUGGUUUCAAUUUAAUAAUCACAUUAGGUUUAAUUUUUUUUAUAUCAUAGCAUACUGGUAAACAUCUGGAUAAGGAAAUCAUUUUUUUACCAAUUUAAAACAGUUCUAUAUUUGAGUUAUUUAAUAUACUUGUAAUCCUAGUUUAUACACAAUUUCUUCAAUCUUUGGUCUUAGUUUUCUAGAAAAAAUGUGAGUAGAAAAUACAGAACUCUGGCUUUAUAUUAAAUUCUUUUAGUAUUAUAGGUUGGUGCCAAAAUAUUUUCAGUUGUACUGUAGAUUGUUUACAUGUGAAGUGCCUGUGUAACUGAUGACUCAUAUAGUCUUAAGCAUUUUUGCAAUUUCUUUUUAUGUA